AUGAAGGAGGACCCUCUCUGGUGCCUUCUUUCACUGAUUCUGAUUUUUUCCUCAGUAGCUUCCUUGCUGGUCACCCCCAAGGUCACAAUAGAGACUUAUAUACCCUCAACCUCAGGGGACCUCACACAGUUUCCAUCUCUGUCAGAAGAAAGGAAUGAGAGUAGACAGAAAAGAAAGAGGAAGAUAUGGUCAGUGAUUGAGUCAACAGACACAAAGCUUGUUCUGAAAAGGAGAAAAAUUGCUGACUUCCGCCCAGAAGACUUAGAGGCUUUCUUCAGGCUCCUGGAAGACCCAGUCAUUAGGAAAUUCUUGGACUCCGACAGCCAUUUCAAAGUGGCCGAUAAGUACCUGCUCUCCAUAGUUGUAGAAUACUUUGGCCGGGUGAGACUUCCUGCUUAUACCUAUAACCGGAUCCAUUUUUUUGUGGCACUGUUCAUUGCCAAUCAAAUUGAGGAGGAUGACAUGAAAUCUAAAUUCAAUAUGAUGCCUGCCCUUUUUGGAAAGAGACUGUGGCGUAAUCUCUACCAUGAUUUCCGGCGGAUACAGAGACAAUUUAUUGUUGCGAUGAACUGGAGAGUUCUUGUCACUUGCCAGAUCUGUGAUGAAAUCCAAGCCCAGGCCCCUACACACUGGGUCUGGGACAGGGACCGAGACCUCCUCACUUAG